AUGGCGGCGCUGCUGCUGCCGCUGCCGUGGCUCGCGCUGCUGCUGCUGCUGCCGCUGCUGCUGCUCGUGGGCCGGCGCCGGCGGCGGGCCCGGGCGGCCGCGCACGUGCUGGUCGUGGUGCUGGGCGACGUGGGCCGCAGCCCCCGCAUGCAGUACCACGCGCUGUCGCUGGCCAAGCACGGCUUCGCCGUCACGCUCCUGGGCUUCCUCAACUCCAAACCCCACAACGAGCUCUUGCAAAGUGACAGGAUUCGGCUCGUCCCUCUUACGGAACUCAAGAGUCUUAGAGCUGGACCCCGAGUUCUCCAGUAUGGAGUCAAAGUUGUAUAUCAGGCGGUGCACUUGCUGUGGAAGUUAAUGGGCAGGGACCCCGCCACCUACAUCUUCCUCCAGAAUCCCCCAGGCCUGCCCGCCAUUGCUGUGUGCUGGUUUGUGGGUCUCCUUUGUGGGAGCAAACUGGUCAUUGACUGGCACAACUAUGGCUACUCCAUCAUGGGCCUGGUGCAUGGACCCCAGCACACCCUCGUACUGCUGGCUAAGUGGUAUGAAAAGCUCUUUGGGCGCCUGUCCCACCUGAACCUGUGUGUGACCAACGCAAUGCGGGAAGACCUGGCAGAGAACUGGCACAUCAGGGCUGUGACCAUCUAUGACAAACCAGCAUCCUUCUUUAAGGAGACACCCCUGGACCUGCAGCAUGAACUCUUCAUGAAGCUGGGUCGCACACACCCUUCCUUUCGGAGCUGCUCGGCACCCGUGGACACGGCCACAGAGAGGUCGUUGUUCACCGAGAGAGACCCUCAGAGUGGCGUGGUGACACGUGCGCCUGGGCGGCCAGCGCUACUAGUGAGCAGCACGAGUUGGACAGAGGACGAGGACUUCUCCAUCCUGCUGGCUGCAUUAGAAAAGUUCGACCAGCUGACUUUCAGUGGAGACAAUCUUCCUUCCCUAGUCUGUGUGAUAACAGGCAAAGGGCCUCUCAAGGAGCAUUACAGCCACCUCAUCAGUCAGAAGCACUUCCGGCAUGUUCAGUUCAGCACUCCAUGGCUGGAGGCUGAGGACUACCCACUGCUUCUAGGGUCGGCGGACCUUGGCGUCUGUCUGCACAAGUCCUCCAGCGGCCUAGACCUGCCCAUGAAGGUGGUGGACAUGUUCGGGUGCUGCCUGCCCGUGUGUGCUCUGAACUUCAAGUGUUUACAUGAGCUUGUGAGACAUGGAGAGAAUGGUCUGGUGUUCACGGAUGCUGAGGAGUUGGCCGCUCAGCUGCAGGUGCUUUUCUCAAAGUUUCCUGACCAUGCUGGCAAACUCAGCCAGUUCCGCAGGAACCUCCGGGAGUCAGAGGAGCUGAGGUGGGAUGAGAGCUGGGAGAGGACAGUGCUGCCAUUGCUGAUGGACAGGUGACUUUGUGGGCUUGAGAUGAGGACUCUGAAGUGGAUCCAUGACCCUGAAGACAGGGCCCUAGCUCGCCCUUGCCCAUCUUGAGCCUGCUGCUCCUUCAUCCUGGUGGUCAGAAGCUGGAAGGACUUGCAGUGUGAGCUGCCUGGGGAAAAGAUCUCCAUCCUGUGAGCUCCCCCUGGAGAAUGAUCUGGAAAGUGCUUGAUUUUGGCUUCUUUGAGGCUCUGAGGUACUCUUCUCUCCUGGGAUGAGCACAUUGCUAUUGCAGACAGGUCACCUGUUUUCCUUCAGUUUAUGGACUUGACUGGCAAAUGACAAGGCAGUUGCCGAUUACAUUUGAAUUGAAAGCAUGUUUUCUCAUUAGUGUUUUGGACCACCUAUACAGCUGUUUAUUUGGAAUAUUCCUUUGUAAUAGUGAACAGCAGAGAGGAAAAGGAGAAUCUUCCUAAAGGGACUGCUUCACUGUGGUUUUACAUGGCCAGCUGGAAGACUUCACAAAUCCUCUCCAUGAGAGCUACUCCACUCAUGUCCUUUAUCCAGUAGCCAGUUUAUGCCACCUAGAGUUCUGGGUGGGAUAUUACAUAAGGUGGAACCCACGGAUGAAGCCACAGGAACCUAUUCACAGCAGAUGUUUUCAAAAUGAUGCCUUAUAGAUGUACUUUGGAAGGAAAAAGGGCCCAUCAUCCAGGAGUUUGAAGCACAUUCUGUACUUUCCAGAUUAAUUUCCAUUUCUCCAAUGACCAGAAACAACAUGGAAGAUGAUUUUGAAGUCAUUUAUUUUAUCUUAUGCUAAUUUUAAGCCAGUAAUUUAAAACCUUGAAAUACUGACCUGACCUUUUCUGUAUAGCUUAUAAAUACCAUGUUCAGAUUUUAUAUGUCUUUUCCAAUUCUGUAAUUCCACUAAGUGAUUUAAAUCCACCAAACAAAAUGCUGCAUAUAAAGAUGAAUUACAAUCUCAGUGUUGGUAGUCAAAGUCUUGCUUCUGUUCACUUGAGUUGGGUGCUGGUGAGAACACGUGACUCCCUGAUGUCUGUUUUCCUCUAUGUAAGAGCCAUAUGGGAUGUACUGCAGUAAAGGGGCUUCUUGUCCCUUGGUCUUUUAAUUAAAGGAAGUUUCAAUUGAUUUAAAA